UAGACAGGAAUUAGGUUUCCUUCAAAGAAAUGUACGUAGAAAUGUUUUCUUUUUGCAAUUUCGGUAUUAGGAAAAUUUGAGAUAUUUCAUUUUUGUUAUACCACUUUCCUUCCAAUGAACCUUUUUAGGGUUAUCCACCUUAAUAAAUGAUUCUAGGUCACGAUCUUCGAUCGAUCCGUGUAACGUAUAUAACAUACACUUGCAUAUUAUUUUUCGUGCUUCUUUUAUUUAAAAAGGUUUGGUAACCGACCCAGACCACCUUAAGUUUGAGUAAUAUAAUGGAUUUUUGACGUAAAAAAAAAAAAAAGGUUUGGUAACCGAAAAUGAUACAAGAGAAUGGCUAAUUAGUGUGUGAUAAAUAUGCAUUCUCAAUUAAUUCUCAAUUAAUUCCACGCAUGCAUUAUGCAUGUACAAUGUAUUCACGUUCCCUUAAAAGUUACUAUUAGUUAUUGCUUCUACAUAAUACAUCGACUAUGUCGUAACAAUCUUCGAAAUAAAAAAACAACAUAAAGUUUUGACCAAGAAAAAAAAACACAUCAAUAAAGCAUCUUCGCAGUUCGUUACAACAUCGGGUAAAUUCAAUUUAAAUUAGUAGGUUGCGUUUUCCAAACUUCCACUCUCCAACAACCUUUGAGCAUUAACUGGGGUCGCUGCGGCUAUUCACUAUGUUUGUCGGUAGAUAUAUGCAAUUACGUCUUGUUAUAAUAUCUUUCUUUUUAUGCAAACUAGUAUGUAGGAUCUCUUAUAAUAGCUAAUACUAGAUUAAGUACACUUUGAUCUUCCUUUAAUUCAUUUUGCUUCUUAUUACGAUAAUACGUACACGUUAGUUCCAAAGAAUACUUAUUAAUUCUUUGUUUGAUUUUCUUUUCAUCUAACCAUACUUUGUGUUCUUCAAAAGUUGAUAUGAUUAUCCCAAACAAUAACACGCCGGCUAACCACUAGAAGCUAAGUUAUAUUACAUGAUUACUUGUAAUUCUAGUAUUAGCUUAACCUAAUACAAUAUUGCAAGAUAAUGAUUACUGGUUCACCAAACCACAUACGAACAAAAUAUUUAUAUAUAUUCCACUAAAGCCGUAUCAAAAGUAAUAACUUAAAACACAUUACAGUUAAACUAUCAAGACAUUAUCAACUAUGGAACUUUUACUCCCACACCCUUCAAACUCAUCACCUCUCACAGUUCUCGGCUACUUAGAACGAGCCGCCUCUGUCUACGGCGACUCACCUUCCCUCCUCCACGCAACCACGGUCCGUACCUGGUCCGAAACUCAUUCCCGAUGUCUCCGCAUAGCUUCGACUCUAGCUUCCUCCUCCUUAGGAAUCAACCGUGGCCAAGUCGUAUCCGUUAUUGGUCCCAACGUCCCUUCCGUCUACGAGCUUCAGUUCGCGGUUCCAAUGUCCGGGGCCAUCCUCAACAACAUCAACCCUCGCUUAGACGCUAACGCACUCUCAGUCCUCCUGCGUCACAGCGAAACCAAGCUCGUUUUCGUCGACCACCACUCGAGUUCUUUAGUUCUUGAAGCUGUCUCGUUCUUGCCCAAGAACGAGAAGCCACGUCUCGUCCUCCUCCAAGAUGACGUCGACAUGACGCCGCUCUCUUCUGACGUGGAGUUUCUAGACACGUACGAAGGUGUUAUGGAGAGAGGAGACAAGAGUUUCAAGUGGGUGCGUCCUAGCAGCGAGUGGAACCCUAUGGUGCUUAACUACACCUCCGGAACGACGUCGUCUCCCAAAGGUGUAGUCCUUAGCCACCGUGCCGUUUUCAUGAGUACUAUUAACUCUUUGCUCGACUGGUCCAUGCCUAACCGGCCGGUUUACUUAUGGACCUUACCGAUGUUCCACGCUAACGGUUGGAGCUACACAUGGGCCACAGCCGCUGUUGGGGCCACAAACAUAUGCCUUAGAAGAGUUGACGCGAAGACUAUCUACGAGUCGAUAGACAAGCAUCACGUGACACACAUGUGCGCUGCGCCGAUGGUUCUCAACAUGUUGACAAACUAUCCAGCUCGGAAGCAGCUUAAACAACCGGUUAGGGUUAUGACAGCUGGAGCUCCUCCACCGGAGACGGUUAUCUCCAGCGCUGAGAGUCUAGGUUUUGAUGUGGGACACGGUUACGGGCUGACGGAAACUGGUUGUCUGAAUGUCUCAUGCGCGUGGAAGCCGGAGUGGGAUGGUCUUGGGGAAAGUGAGAGAGCAAAACUGAAGUCAAGGCAAGGGAUCAGAACGGCUGUGUUUGCGGAAGUUGACGUGAGGGACACGCUAACUGGUGAGAGUGUGAAGCAUGAUGGAGUAACCGUUGGAGAGAUUGUCUUCAGAGGCGGUUCGGUUAUGCUGGGCUACUACAAAGACCCGGAAGGUACCGCGGCGAGUAUGAGAGAAGACGGGUGGUUCUACACUGGAGACAUGGGCGUGAUGCACCCGGACGGUUACUUGGAAGUCAAGGAUAGAUCAAAGGAUGUGAUCAUAUGUGGAGGAGAGAACAUUAGCAGUAAGGAAGUUGAGACGGUUCUGUACACGAACCCUGUGGUUAAGGAAGCAGCUGUGGUGGCUAAGCCAGACAAGAUGUGGGGGGAGACACCGUGCGCGUUUGUGAGCUUGAAGUGUCUUGAUGGGUCUGUGUCUGAGAGAGAGAUAAGAGAGUUUUGCAAGACGAAGCUGCCUAAGUAUAUGGUUCCGAGGAAUGUGGUUUUUCAGGAGGAGCUUCCUAAGACUUCUACUGGAAAGAUUCAGAAGUUUGUUCUUAGACAAAUGGCUAAGUCUUUGCCUUGACGAAGAACAAUCUUGAUGUUAUUGUUGUUGUUAUUAUUACAUUGUACGCUACUAAGUUCUACCCUUUACCUAAAGUAGCAAGUCUCUGGUUCAUUAGUUUGACUCUGUGUUGCUUGUCCUGAUGUCUGAAGAUGUUGUCUCUUCUUUACUAGUUAUUUUGCAGUUUGUACCU